AUGGAGAUCAGAGGAGAUGAGGGGUGGGCUGGGGAGGAGAGGAGAGGAGGGCUGGGGAGGAGAGGGAGAGGAGGGCUGGGGAGGAGAGGAGGAGGAAGGAGGAGGGUUGGGGAGGAGAGGAGGGCUGGGGAGGAGAGGAGAGGAGGGGCUGGAGAUCAGAGGAGAGGAGGGCUGGAGAUCAGAGGAGAGGAGGGCUGGGGGAGGAGAGGAGAGGAGGGCUGGAGAGGAGAGGAGGGCUGGAAAUCAGAGGAGAGGAGGGGUGGAGAGGAGAGGAGAGGAGAGGAGGGGCUGGAGAUCAGAGGAGAGGGGGAUGGAGAGGACGAGGAGGGCUGGAGAUCAGAGGGAGGGAGGGGAGGAGAGGGGAGGGCUGGGGAGGGGAGGAGGGUGGAGAUCAGAGGAGAGGAGGGCUGGAGAUCAGAGGAGAGGAGGGCUGGAGAUCCAGAGGAGAGGAGGGUGGAGAGGAGAGGAGGGCUGGAGAUCAGAGGAGAGGAGGGGAGGAGAGGAGAGGAGGGCUGGGGAGGGGAGGGGAGGAGGGGUGGAGAUCAGAGGAGAGGAGGCCUGGAGAUCAGAGGAGAGGAGGGCUGGGGAGGGGAGGGGAGGGGAGGAGGGUGGAGAUCAGAGGAGAGGAGGCCUGGAGAUCAGAGGAGAGGAGGGCUGGAGAUCAGAGGAGAGGAGGGCUGGGGAGGAGAGGAGGGGUGGGGAGGAGAGGAGGGCUGGGGAGUAGAGGAGAGGAGGGCUGGGGAGGAGAGGAGAGGAGAGGAGGGCUGGGGAGGAGAGGAGAGGAGGGCUGGGGAGGAGAGGAGAGGAGGGCUGGGGAGGAGAGGAGAGGAGGGCUGGAGAGGAGAGGAGGGCUGGAGAUCAGAGGAGAUGAGGGGUGGGCUGGGGAGGAGAGGAGAGGAGGGCUGGGGAGGAGAGGAGAGGACUCCAUCCUUCCGAGACAGACAUACGUUAAAGAGCGUGCCCCCUACCUGCCACAACUAACACCCCACCCCCACUCUGAAGCUAGCCAACCAGCCCCAUCCAUCAGACUGAUAGACACCCCCACUCUGAAGCUAGCUAACCAGGCCCGUCCAUCAGACUGAUAGACACCCCCACUCUGAAGCUAUCCAACCCUUCUCUGACAGACACCCCCACUCUGAAGCAAUCCAACCUGUCUCUGACAGACAGACGCCCCCACUCUGAAGCUAGCCAACCCGUCUCUCAGACAGACACCCCACUCUGAAUCUAUCCAACCCUUCUCUGACAGACAGACGCCCCCCACUCUGAAGCUAUCCAACCCUUCUCUGACAGACAGACGCCCCCACUCUGAAGCUAUCCAACCCUUCUCUGACAGACAGACACCCCCACUCUGAAGCUAGCCAACCUGUCUCUCAGACAGACACCCCCACUCUGAAUCUAUCCAACCCUUCUCUGACAGACGCCCCCACUCUGAAGCAAUCCAACCUGUCUCUGACAGACAGACACCCCCACUCUGAAGCUAGCCAACCCGUCUCUCAGACAGACACCCCCACUCUGAAUCUAUCCAACCCUUCUCUGACAGACGCCCCCACUCUGAAGCAAUCCAACCCUUCUCUGACAGACAGACGCCCCCACUCUGAAGCUAUCCAACCCUUCUCUGACAGACAGACACCCCCACUCUGAAGCUAUCCAACUCUUCUGACUAGCCUGCUUAAUAUUCAGAUGGCUAGACGUAACCCCUGACUCACCUCUCUCCACCUCCUAACCCCCCUCCCUCUCCUCCUCUUACUCUCCUCCUUCCUCCCUCCCUCUUCUCCUCCAGCUGCAGUCUACAGGUCGUCUCCUGGAGGAGCAGCUUCCAGAGAUGAUGACGGAGCUCCUUGCCACAGCCAGGGACAAGAUGCUGUGUCCGGCCGAGUCCCAGCUGACCCGCUCCCUCCUCAUGGAGGUCAUUGAGCUCCACGCCCACCACUGGACCCCUCUGGAGGCCCUCACCACACAGUACUACAACAGGACCAUUCAGAAGCUCACCACCACCUAGCCACCCAGACCCAGGCUCCAGGCCUAGACCCAGGCUCCAGGCCCAGACCCAGGCUCCAGGCCUAGACCCAGGCUCCAGGCCUAGACCCAGACCCAGGCUCCAGGCCUAGACCCAGGCUCCAGGCCCCAGACCCAGGCUCCAGGCCCAGGGCCCAGACCCAGGCUCCAGGCCUAGACCCAGACCCAGGCUCCAGGCCCCAGACCCAGGCUCCAGGCCCCAGACCCAGGCUCCAGGCCCCAGACCCAGGCUCUAGGCUCACAGGUCUUCAGGUCUCUCUUGAAAAAUACAUUUUAUCUCAAAAGACUUCCUGGUUAA